CGGGGCUCUCACAGGAAGUGUUCAAAGUGUUGGCGCGCCGCUACGAGUGCGUUAAACAGCCUCUGUGAAACGUUGAAUACGGGGACCUUUCGCUCCCUCAAGUAAAUAUAUACCAACUAGCCGUUACGAAUGUACUCCUUGGUGAGACUUCCGUCAAGAAAGUGACAGCUGCCUGCUUAGCAAUCACGUUAAAUCAAGCUGUUAAUGAGGAGGGAUCGAACCUGGCGCGCAUACCCGAAAGCUUCCCACAAUGGAGAGUUUGCCCUCGGAAGAUUUGUAUCGAAAUCCCCAUCGACUUUCCCUGUGUGGAAAGAUAAUCUUAUUUGGCUGUAAACGAGCGUCGGCCACCAACGACAGCGACAGAAGUGAGUUAAUGUUCUGCAGCCUUUCAUUUGAACGGGAAGUCAACGCGUUUGUGAAGGCAGCCGAUGGAGCGGCUGUCGUCAGCAGGAAGAGAUCCGCGCGUGUCGAUGUCGUGACGUGUAAACGUGCCCUACAUGUUCAGAAGAGGGUGGCCACGCCGUGUAUUUUAGUGACAAAGAAGAGUGAGAAAGGGCUCAGCUUCCAGUAUAGCCUCCUCACAUUGAGCAGCUCAAACCGACUGGAGUCCUGCAUAGAGUUUAAACUCCCUUAUCAAAUGAAGGAGGGCGUGUCCAUCCUCCAGGGCCCCACAGUGGUGUGGAGCUAUGCUGGGGAUGUCUUCCAUGCCUCUCUGCAGACAGGAGAGGUGAGACAGAUGACCGUUCAGAUGACCCACUGUGUUAUUGGAGAACUCCCACUCCACAAACAACAGAUAUUUGUUCUUGGACUGCAAAACCUUCCAGACGAGAGCUCUGGUACUCAAUCCACGAGACAAUCCCGAGGCUAUUUUGUUGAAAGUGGCCAAGUGUUCGAUGGCAAUGUGAUGUUGCCACCUCCCUACGUUUGCAUCACACGUUGCAUCUUGGUGCUGUCGGCUGAACAAGUGGGCGAUGUGCUGACGUCUGCUGUGGUCGUGGCAACUUCUAAUCAGCAGCUCGUCUUUUUUGAGAGUGGCAUUUUGAAAGAUGUCUGUCAGCUCCCCUUUGAACAACCUGAAAACAUUCAGCUUGUCAACACAGGAAGAAACGGCUGCCUGCUUGUCAUAUCCUUUCACCAGGGGCAUGUAUGUGCCCUGUGGAAGGAAACAUUCCAGAUAGCCUCCCACUGGUCCAGUGUCAGUUCUGUCCUUGUGGACGACUUCCUGGGAUGUGGAACAGACCAAAUGCUGUUGGUUUUUAACGAUCGUGGCAUAACGGAACAACCGUUGCAAACGUUUCUCCUCACUGACCUCUGUGGCAUUUCAUAUUCUCGUGGGCGGGACAGUGGAGCACCAACGACACCACGUCCUCCACCAGAGAACGAUCUCUUCACCCUUCGAGCUUUAGAGUCCAGACUACAGAGUGGGUUGACCGUGCUCCACGAGCUUCAAAGCGAGAUAAGAGUGAAGGGCAGAGUUGUGCAGCAGUCGGUCCAAGCCCUCACCAAUGCGGUCUCAGAAAGAGAGACUAAUCUCACCCGGCAUGAGCAGGAAGGCCUCACCACUCUGUGGGACUGUGGUGAUGAUGAUGAUGAUGAUGGUGAUGAUGAGUCAAUUUAUGAAAAGACGCAAGACACGCCAGCAGUGUCUUCAAAACCUCAAGUUGACAAGCUGUGGCAUCGCAUCGCCGAGGAGCGACUGGUUGUGGGCGUGAUACUAACUGCUGACAGCUCAGUACCAGUGGCCAGUGCGAGCUUAUCCAUCCUGACAGAGCCGGGUCAGAGCUCAACACCUGAGGUCAUCCAGGCCCAGAGCCAAGUGUUCUGGCUCCCUGAGCCCUGCGCGUCAUCAUCCUCCUCCUCUUCCUCCUCCCUUUCCUCUCCCUGCACCAUCUCAGAGCCUGCAGCCAAAAGAAGCAAGCAGCACCUUGCUGUGAGACCCGAUGAGCUCAACACAUGCAGACUGGCUGUGACUGCUGUGACCAGGCUGACGCCGCUGUUGAACUCUGGCCGUGUCAAGUGCCGCGUCGUGCUCCAUUAUGUCCCGAGACGAGAUGCUUUUUCCGUUGCGAGCGACCCAACACCUGUUGUUCUGCAUUGUGGUCAAGUUGCUUUCGACAUCCACAGCCCUUUCCAAACCCCACUGUUGAGAAAACCCGAACUCAAAACGGAUGACGCUAAAGAGGACUUGCUGAGCCUGAUGGCACUGCUGGAUCGCUGGGUCUUCCACAUAGACUCUCCUGAUCACAGCUUAGGUGAUAUAGAUGGCUGGAUUCACAGAAUAGCGGGUUGUCGGAGGAUAGAAGUGAGCCCUCAGUAUCUAAUGUUAGAUGCUUCAGGACCAUCUGCUCUCAUGCUGCUGUGCUGGCAUCAGAUAACACCUUUCCAGGGGGAACUGUGUGUUCACUCCAGCGAGUUACAGACGCUUCUUUUCCUGGACUCUCUCUCGGCUUACCUCCCUGCGUCCUGCUCCAUCCAGUCGGUCAAAGGUACAAGAGGACAGGGUGCAGCUCAAAUAUUGUCUUUGGCACUGGAGAAAGAGCUGGUGGCCCUCAGAGAGUCUGUGUCAUUGCUACUUGGUGAAGAAGACGAAGAGGAGGAGAACAUGAGGCUUGGACAUGAGGAGACCCCUGAGCCAGGUUCUGUGAAGGGGCUCCAGAGGUGUAGAGAAGUGUUUCAGGGGGACGUGGAGAGGAGUAAGACGAGGUUGAGCCCCCUGGUGGAGGUGGAGAGGUAUCGCAGGCUAACCCAAAACAUGUCCAAAGUCCAGCUCGAUGGGGAUCUGGCGGUUCUCUUAGACACUCAAAGGACUUUUCUCAGCUAAUAUGCUGCAGAUGUUUUAUUUUGUGGAAAUCCCAAGCAGGUAGCAUUAAUGUGGGUAAAAGCCACAUCUUUAAUAGUGUAAUGCCUAAUACGAGUUAUGUAUGCUUUGCACAUUUCACCAGGACUGUGCGCUGCCCCCUUGUCUGAGAGUAGUCUCUGUGUGUGUCUCUUGGGCUUUAUAUCCAUCGAGUGUCUGCUGCUGUGUGGAGCCUCAGCCUCUUUCCACUGGAUCACCUCCAGCCUUAAUCUGAUACUGAUGUGAUACUGCUCCGUGUCCCUUAAGACCCUUUGUGUUCAACAAUGCUCUUCAAUGUCUGCUGCUGUGUGCUAUUCAGGAGGAGACAGAGACCACUUCCAGCCGAGGAACGGUUUGAGUUACGAAUAUAAGCAACAGAUGGCAGUCAAGCACGGAGGUUAUUAAUCCUGGAAUAUUUUAGUGGUAGUUCCCCACGUAUUUCAUCUUCCCUGUAUCUGUUUCUUAUGAUGCUGCACAGGCACUCAGCACUGUUAGUUCAAAUGCAGUUUGUCCAAGUAAACAUGGAAUUCUACUUGAAAGGACCCCGAACCUUUCUGGCUACAUGAGGUCUGUGGCAGCUUGGCUAUGGCGUCUGCUUCCAUUUCUGGCAUUAUUUGCCUUCUCCCAGUAGGGUCUGAGAAACAAGGAUGUGCAUGCUUGUUCUCGGAGCGACUCCAUCUGUGAGUAGUACUCAGGACUUGGUCUCAGGAGAGAAACUCCCCCUCUUUUACACCUUUUAUAUGUAACAGCUUCCACUGCCGCGGGACUCCCCCGAACACAGCUCAAACAUCCCUUCAAAGUGACGGAUUCCUGUGUGUUACUUGACGAGGGCAAUGCUGCUGUGGGUUAAUGAUGUGUUUCAGAGCUACACACUAUAUUGCUGUCUUGUAUAAUUUGAAUAAAGAACACUGUUCGGUGA